AACUCUAACCACAGCCUUUAUUACACUCAUAUCUCCUUCUUCCACAUCACUCUUUAUCAAUUAUAUCCAACACCCAUCUCACCAUUACACUCAUCAUCUUUGUUAAAGAAACAAAAACAAAAAGAGAGAGAAAUUAAGAAAUUCCUUUUUUGUAGCAAUGGCAACCAUGAACUCUAGUGUUUUGGCAUGCAAUUAUGCCAUUUCAGGCGCCGGGGCUGGAUCAUCUGAGCUUAGCUCAAAGCUCGCUUCAAUGCCUGCUGGUGUUUCCGCAGCUACGUCUGGCCCCAAGUUGCCUGUGAUCAGAGCCCAGAAAGCUGGAGCUUCUUCUGAAUCUAAAAGUGAAGGAAGGAGAACUGCUAUGCUUUGUCUUGCAGCUACCCUUUUCACCUCUGCUGUUGCUUCUUCCUCUGCCAAUGCUGGAGUUAUUGAAGACUAUCUUGAAAAGAGCAAAGCUAACAAGGAAUUGAACGACAAGAAGAGGUUGGCCACAAGUGGGGCUAAUUUUGCAAGAGCAUACACAGUUGAAUUUGGUUCAUGCAAGUUCCCAGAGAACUUCACUGGCUGCCAAGAUCUUGCCAAGCAAAAGAAAGUGCCAUUUAUCUCUGAUGAUUUGGCUUUGGAGUGUGAAGGAAAGGACAAAUACAAGUGUGGUUCUAAUGUUUUCUGGAAAUGGUGAAGUGGGCAAGCUUUCUUCUCAACUUUGCCUUUUCCAACAUGUAUCUAGAUCUCCAUUCAAGAAUUGAACUCUACAUCCAUUAGAACUCUAA